AUGCCGUCCUCAUCAACUGCCACUCGCCGCUGCUUCUUCUCACUUCCCUCUUCAUCUUUAACCCACGCACUUCCUCCCCCGUCUUCUCCCCUCCAACCUUCUCUCCACUUCCCCCCUUCCCCCCCCCUUCUCCCCCCCCCUCUUCCCCUCUUCCACCCCCAACGCCCUUUCUCUCCCGCUUCCCCCCAGGACGAUGCUCUCGCCAGAGCAGACGAGGCUCGGAAGGCUGCCGAGGCUAAGAAGGCGCUUCGUGCGGCAAACCUGCGGCCGAAGCGGCUGGGCGCGAGCGGCGAGGGCAAGGGCCUGGAUUCAAGCAUCAAGCGCAACACGGCGGUGAUCCGACGGCUGAAACAGCUCAGCGAGGAUCAGAGGGAAACCAUUUUGGAUGAGGUGCGGGCAGUGAACAUGAGCAAGUACGUGUCAGAAGCAGUGGCGGCCAUAGCGGAGGCCAAGCUCAAGAUGGCAGACAUCCCCGCUGCCGUGCAGGUCUGCUCGCUGCUGCACCAGCGCUACGCAGACUUCUCCCCAGCCCUCAUCCCCACCCUGCUCCGCGUCCUCAUGCCAUCCCCACCCUCCUCCAAACCAACCACCGGCACCAGCACCAGCGGUGGCAGCAGCAGCACCAUCAGCAGCAGCUUGUUUUUCGAUGAUUUCGACGGGAGCGCUGUUAGUGCGGGCGGAGCAGGGGGGGGGAUCAGCGGAGCAGGGGUGGCAGGAGCGGGAGCAGCGGGAGGAGGGGGGGCGGUGGCAGGGGCGGGUGGUGCAGGCACAGGGGCGAGCCUCUCUGCUCGAAUAUCGCGGAAGCGCAGCGUGUUUCGGCUGCUAGUGGAGCUGUUCUUAUGCGGAGUGUACGGCGAUGCGAGUGUGAUUAUCGGCGUCGUGAAGGAGAUGGCGAGCGCGGAUGGGGCCGGGCUUGUAGCAGCCGCAGCAGCGGCGGCGGCGGCAGGAGGAGGAGCGGGAGGGGGAGCGGAAGUGGGUAUUGGUGCUGGGAAGAGUGAGAGGGAGAAGGAGAGGCUGGAGAGGGAGAGGGAGGCGGUGACCAUGUCUGUGACGCUCAUGCUCAGCUUUGUGCGCGUGGGAGGGCCGCUACUAGGGUUCAAGAGCGACCCAGCAGAUGAGGAGGUCUACACAGACCUCCCCGUAACCGCAGAGCAGCGCAAGCAGCUUUCCAAGCUGGUCUCCUCAUUCUUCGAGGCGCUGUGCACGCUCGUGCAGAGCGAGCAGGGCGUGCUAAGGGGCAUGGAGCGGGACAUAGCGCGCAUCACGGCGCAGAGAGGGGAGGUGGGCGAGGACGUGACGGGCGCGUAUGAGAAGAGCCGCCGAGGGCUGGAGCAGCUGCUGCGCAACACCAACGCCCUGGCUGAGGCUCUGGACCGUCCACCUGUCGUGCUGCCAGAGGACGAGCACACCACCCACGUGGCAGGGGGCGGGGACAGCUCAGCAGGGAGCGCAGGAGGGGCGGGGGCGGACGGUGGGAAGAGAGAGGCUGAGCCUUUACCCCUGUGGGAUGAUGAUGAGACGAGAGUGUUCUAUGAAGACCUGCCGGACUUGAAGCUGUUUGUUCCUGCCGUGCUGCUGGGUGAUGGGGGCGGGAAGGGCGGAAAGGGGGAUGGCGAGGAGAAGGAGAGUGAGGAGGGCGAGGGGAAGGAGGAGAAGGAGAAGGAUAAAGAGAAGGGGAAGGAGAAGGGGAAGGAGAAGGAUAAGGAAGAGAAGGAGAAGGGGAAGGAGAAGGAUAAGGAGAAGGGGAAAGAGAAGGAGAGUGAGAAGGAGAAGGAGAAGGUGAAGGGAGUGGAGGCAGCGAAGCUAGACGACUUGUUGCAGCGCCUGCCGUCCUGCGUCAGCAGAGACCUCAUCGACCAACUCGCUGUGGACUUCUGCUACGUGAACAGCAAGGCCAGUCGCCGCAGGCUGGUGCGGGCGCUCUUUGCGGUGCACCGCACGGCGCUGCAGCUGCUGCCGUACCACGCACGCCUGGCCGCCACGCUGGGGCAGUACAUGCGCGAUGUGGGGCCGGCGCUGGUGCACCUGCUGGAAGAGGAGUUUGCGGCGCUCAAGAGCAAGAAGGAUCAAAUCAACAUAGAGUCGAAGAUGCGUAACAUCCGCUUCCUGGGCGAGCUAGCCAAGUUCAAGGUCGCGCCACCAAGCCUCAUCUUCAGCUGCCUCAAGUCGUGCCUGGAGGACUUCUCCCACCACAGCAUCGACGUGGCGUGUGCGCUGCUUGAGACGUGCGGGGCCUUCCUCUCCCGCCACCCCGACACCAAGGUGCGCAUGGGCAACAUGUUGGACAUCAUCCAGCGCCUCAAGAACGCGCGCAGCUUCGACGCGCACCACUCCACGCUCAUUGACAACGCUUACUUCCUCUGCCGCCCCCCGGACCGCGUCGCCAAGGUUGUGAAGACAUACCCGCCGCUGCACCAGUACAUCCGCAAGCUGCUCUACGCUGACCUCAGCAAAUCCACCGUCGAGAAGGUUCUGCGGCAGCUGAGGAAGCUUCCGUGGGGCGAGUGCGAGGGGUACGUGGUGCGGUGUCUGGUGAAGGCCCACCGCGCGCGCUUCAACCAGAUCCACCUGCUCGCCUCGCUCGUCGCUGCUCUGUCCAGAUUCAGAGAAUCUGUCGGGGUGGCCGUGGUUGAUCAGCUAAUGGAGGACAUUCGGUUGGGCCUGGAGGUCCCAGACAGCAGCUACCAGCAGCGGCGCAUCACAGCGCUGCGCUUCCUGGGCGAGCUGUACAGCUACCGCGUGGUGGACUCGCACCUCGUCUUCGACACGCUGCACCUGCUGCUCUUCUUCGGCGCUGAUACCCCCGAGCACCUCAUGCUGGACCCACCGGACGAUUCCUUCCGCAUCCGCAUGGCAGCGACGCUCCUCGCCACGUGCGGCCACUUCUUUGACCGCGGCUCAUCGCGGCGCCGCCUCGACCGCUUCCUGCUGCUCUUCCAGGCCUACAUGCUCGCCAAGCCCUCCGUGCCACUUGAUGUGGAGUUUGACCUGCAGGCUGUGGAGACGGACGUGGCUCUUCCAGGCCUACAUGCUCGCCAAGCCCUCCGUGCCACUCGACGUGGAGUUUGGCUUGCAGGUGGAGAGGGAGGGGGUUUAGUGUUGGGGACGGGGGGGGAGGAGAAGGUGCUGGAUACGGCACGUGGAGGGCAGGGUAGGGGCUUGCACACAGAGGUUUCUACCAGGCCUAGGUGUGGUUCUUUCUUCCUUCAGUUCUCUGGGUCUUGGGCCAUAAACCUCGUCGUGGUCUCUCCGCAAUCUCGCAUUCUCUGCUCCCUUGUGGCGCCGGCCGUCGUUCAGGAUCUAUUCGCCAAGCUGCGGCCGCGCAUGAAGCGAUUCGCCACUCUGGAAGAGGCGCAGGCGCAGCUGCUGCAGGACGCUGAGAGGGCCGCUGGCAAGGGCGGGGGAGGGGGCGGCGGGAGAGGAGGGGACGGGGCUGGUGCUGGUGGGGCUUCUGGGGCUGCAGCGGGGAUGGGAGGAGCGGCGGGAGGAGGUGGGGGAGGAGGGGGGGGGCUUGGGGUCAUCCCUGAGAAUGUUGACGUGCAGAUGGAGCAAGGGGGGAAGGCGGGGGAGGGAGGGGAGGAGGAGAGGAGUGAUAGCGAGGAGGAGACUGUGGGGGGGGAUGAGGAGGAGGGAGGGGAGGAGGACGACGGGGAUGAGACAGGGGAUGGGGAGGACGGGGGAGGAGAGGACGACGAUGACGAAGGGGAGACGGAGGGGGAGGGGGGCGCGGGGGGGGAAGCAAGCGAGGCGGAGGAAGGGGAGGGGGAUGACGACAAAGUGAAGCUGGUCGGGGGGAGGAAAGAAGCGGAGGUGGAUCCGGAGGAGCUAGAAGACUUUGACAAGGAGUUUCGAGCGCUCAUGCAGGAGAGCCUUGCAGAGAGGAAGCUGGAGAAGCGGGGUGCGGGCGUGCUGAACAUAUCGAUUCCCAUGAGCUUGCUCGAUGGGAGCUCGGGGAACAAGCAGCAGGCGAGGGAGUUGAUGGUUCCUAGUGACAGUGCUAUUGCGGUGGCGACGCGGCGCAAGGAGGAGGAGGAGGAGAAGGAGAGACAGGAUAUCAAGAGACGCGUGCUGGAGUAUAAUGAGCGGGCGGAAGAGGAGAGGCCGUUUGCGCCUGCUGCUGUGGGCAUGAGGGAGCGAAGCCAACGAGUCCAUCAUGUUAUCGUCUCAGCACACACCGCUGCCCUCAAUAUUGCGCCCAACUUCUCCGCGCAGCCGUUCUUGGCGGUGGUAGCUUUUGAGUCGACUCAAAAGUCACUUCUCCGCAGCCGUCCUUGGCGGUGGUAG